CCGCCAUCAUCAUCAUCACCACCACCACCAUCAUCAUCAUCAUCAUGUUCAUCACCGUCAAGACGCUGCAGCAACAAACCUUCAAGAUCGACAUCGACGUCGAACUGACGGUGAAAGCACUGAAGGAAUCCAUUGAAGGAGAGAAGGGAAAGGAUGCGUUUCCAGUGUCUGGGCAGAAGCUGAUUUACGCCGGAAAGAUCCUGAACGACGACUCGCAGCUCAAAGAGUAUAACAUCGACGAGAAGAAUUUUGUCGUGGUCAUGGUAACAAAGCCUAAAGCUGCCCCUGUAGAUACACUGGCUGUUCCUGCUUCCGAGCCCUCAGCCACCCCAACUCCUUCAGAAGAGAAGCCUUCGGAAGAUGAUAUGAGCCAAACGCAAACCAUCACCAGUUCCGUUUCAGUGUCCAGCUCGGUGCCCUCUUCGGACAGUGAUGUGCUCUCGGUACCCUCUUCAGUAAACGACACCCUGUCUGCACCCUCACCAGUGACUGACCUGCUCUCAGUCCGUUCUACUGAGAGCGACAUACCUGAUGAUGACGCCUCUUCUGCUCUAGUGAUGGGCCCUGCGUACCAGACUAUGCUGUCCGAAAUUAUGUCAAUGGGUUACGAGAGACAACAGGUCAUGUCGGCGUUGAGAGCGAGCUUCAAUAAUCCACACAGGGCCGUGGAGUACUUGCUGACGGGUAUUCCCGAUCACCCCAUGCCAGAGAGGGAAUCCUCACGCGAGAGCCUGGUGUCUGGGGAAACAAACACACCUCCUGCAGGUGACAACCCUCUGGAGUUCCUCCGGGACCAGCCGCAGUUUCAGAACAUGCGGCAGGUGAUUCAGCAAAACCCCUCGCUGCUCCCCACCCUCCUGCAGCAACUGGGCCGAGAGAACCCUCAGCUACUGCAGCAAAUCAGCGAGAACCAGGAGCACUUCAUCCAGAUGCUGAACGAGCCGGUGGAGGACGCGGGCGAGAGCGAGGGGGAGCUGGCAGCCGUGGGAGAGGACCCGUCGCAGAACAACUACAUCCAAGUCACGCCCCAGGAGAAAGAGGCCAUCGAGCGGUUAAAAGCUUUAGGAUUCCCCGAAGGAUUAGUCAUUCAAGCCUACUUCGCUUGUGAGAAGAACGAAAACCUGGCCGCAAACUUCCUCCUGCAGCAGAACUUUGACGACGACUGAAGCGGGAAGAGGGAAAGGGAGCGCAGGGGAGCGCGCCUUGGGAUGACGGGAUCUACUCCUUCCUGCUCGCAGACUGAUUUCCAACCGCAGGUGUCUUGUCAGUCACCCUCCGCACAUCACCGGGGGAGACGGCCAAAGGCUCCUGGAGACUUAUUUGUAGAUCCCGAGUCAAUCUGCACCCUUGUUGCGAAGGAGGAAAAAAUAAAUGCGGGAGAACGGGAGAGAGGGAGGGGGAGAGGGAGGGAGGGGGGGAGGGAGGGAGGGGGCGAACGAAACAAACAACAACAACAAAAAAAAGUGUAACUAGAGCUUGUUUUGCUGAGU